UUCAGAAAUGAACUUCUGACCAUGGGGGACUGGAACCUGUUGGGCAGCAUCCUAGAAGAAGUGCACAUCCACUCCACCAUAGUUGGCAAAAUCUGGCUCACAAUCCUGUUCAUAUUCCGGAUGCUGGUGCUGGGAGUGGCUGCUGAAGAUGUCUGGGAUGACGAGCAGUCCGAGUUCAUCUGCAACACAGAGCAACCUGGCUGCAACAACAUCUGUUAUGACAAAGCCUUUCCCAUCUCUUUGAUCAGAUACUGGGUUCUACAGAUCAUAUUUGUCUCCUCCCCAUCAUUAGUGUACAUGGGCCAUGCACUCUACAGGUUAAGGGCACUUGAGAAAGAGCGACAGAACAGGAAAGCCCACCUGCGGGCUCAGCUGGAAGACCUGGAGCCCAUGCUCGAGGAACACAGGAGAGUGGAGAGAGAACUGCGUAAGCUGGAGGAACAGAAGAAAGUGAAUAAGGCACCUCUGAGAGGGUCCCUGCUGCGCACCUAUAUCCUACAUAUCCUGACCCGGUCGGUGGUUGAAGUGGGCUUUAUGAUAGGUCAGUAUCUUUUAUAUGGGUUUCACAUGUCCCCCCUUUACAAAUGCACUCGGCCCCCAUGCCCUAACACGGUGGAUUGUUUUGUGUCCCGACCCACAGAGAAGACCAUCUUUAUGGUUUUCAUGAACAGCAUCGCCGCCGUCUCCCUCUUCCUCAACAUCCUAGAAAUUGCCCACCUGGGACUCAAGAAGAUCCAGAAGAGCCUCUGCGGGCAGCCGCAGUGGCCGGCAGGCCUCGCCGAGGAGGAUCCCAGCCUGUACAACUCCAAGAAGAGCUCCGUGGUGCCGUCGCCGCCCUGCCUGGCCAGCAACGCGGCCCCGCCGCGCCCCACGCCCGCCCCGCUCCCGCCACCGCCGCCCGCGCCCGGCGCCCCCGGCCCGCCGCCGGCCCGGCAGCACCGCGGCGAGGAGGCGCCGCGGGCCGCCGCGCCGGGCGGCGGGGCAGGGGCGGCGGGGGCGGCGGCCACCGCCCGCCGGGCGCCCCGCAGGCACAGCCGGGUGAGCGCCUGCCGCGAUCUGGGUGAGGAGCGCGGCGACUCCCCGGACAGCGGGCACUGCCCAGGCACGCGCAAGUCCAGCUUCCUCUCCCGCGUCCUCACUGGGAGCCGGGCGGGCAGCGACAGCGAGGGCACCGCAUCCCGCGGCGGUUCCGGCCUCGGCUCCGGGUCCGUGUCCGGCUCGGAGGGGAAGCGCCGUGAGGAGGGUGCGCCCAGCCCGCCGCCCGCCGCCAAUAUGGGACGCCGCGUGUCUAUGGCAAGUAGCGCCCGGGGCAGCCCGAGGGAGGGGGGCGAAGGGGGGCCCCCGCACCCUGUCCCGGCACGGGGGAGGAGAGGCCGAGCCAGGGGGCAGGAAGGCUCGGGCAGGACUUCCAACACAGCCCCAGUGCCUCGUGGCCUCCCGGACCAUGCCAAGCUCCCAAACAUUCAGUCUCCUUUUGCAGUGAAAACAGAAACACCAGGGAAUUCCUGA